CUCCGACAACCGUCACUUUCUCUUCGUCGGCAAGGUCAUGAAUGUCCUCCAACAUGUCUUGGAAAUCGGAAUCGGCAUUAUCGACCGUGUGUCCAUUUUGGAGCUGGCUUCCACCUUCUGCAUUGUCCCAUGCCCAAGCGGAGAAAUGGUACUGGUAUCUCAUUUCCCUGUUAUCGCAGGUCCCUCGUCCAGUGAAGAUUCCGCUCGAAGCAGCCUCUUUAUUAUCUAUGACCACGCUCCACGCUUCAUCGGUCUCGGGGAGAAAAGUGAUAUUAUUCCCUAUCACUCGCUGCCACAAGUGCUGGCCACCUUCCUCAGACGGCUUGGCGAAGAGGUCGUUUGGGACCGGCGUAAGAUAGUAACCCGCAUGGACGUAAGGGGCUGCAGCAGAAUAUUCUUGCCCGGUUUGGCUGUAAACAAAGCCAGGUUGAAGGCAUGCUUGAUAGUCGUCUCUUUGCUGGUGCUCAUGCUCAGGCGACGAGUCACUGCUGCCCUCUCUGGGAAUCAUAGCUACGGAGUCUUGAGAAGUCAUCACCUGAACGAUUGGUGGAGUGCCUCUGAUAGCCUUGGUAAAGCAGAGUCAGGUAGGCUGUAUUGAACUACACAGUACUGUGGAGGCUUGGAAAGGUACAGUAUGGUGGUGGCGUGAGAGUAGGCCUGAGAAGGACUUAUCCUGCCUCCCCAGUGUGCCUUCUGAAUAUGUCCCUG